ACUCUUUUUACUCUUAGCUGUCAUAUGCUACCCAAGCCAUCCUGUCUCUAAAUGUCAAUUCUGUGUGUGGCAAUGUGUGUUCUUAUCUCAUUACUGAUCUGGGAAUCAUAGAAUCUUAGAUUUAGACAAAACCCUAAGAUGUAAGUCACUGUCUAAAAUAUUGGAUAGGUUAUAAAUAUGGGGGGGGGGUACAGAAUAAUGAGUUGUCUUUCAAAAGAUGCAGUUAAUGACUACAUUAUAGAAAAUGUUCAGAGCAUGGCCCCUAUAUUUGUCUUUCAAAAUCAAGUCUUAUUAGAAUCAUUCCAUGCCCAUUUGUUCACAUGUUGUCAGCGGUUUUGUUUUGUGCUACAAUGACAGAUGAGCAGUUGUCAUGCAAAUUACAUAGCUGACAAUGCCCAAAGUAUUUGGUGUGUGGCCCUUCACAGAGAAAGUGCCAGUCCCUGAUUUAAACAGUUAAAAACCUAUUCCUGUAAUGUAACUCAUUUCUUCUAGCUUAGCAUCUUGUGUGAAGUGAAAGCAAUGGAAGGUUCCUCUAGUCUACAAAGACCAGCCUGUUGUGUUCAUUGGUUUUCACUUUAUUUUUAAAAUUAUUUCUGCUUAAUCACUCUGAAGGGCUAGGAAUGAGGCUCGGUUUGCGGAGUGCCUGACUAGCAUGCAUAAGGUUCAUCCCCAAGAUGCCAUAUUCCAGAUAUAGUAGCACACCCCUGUAAUCCCAGGAGCUCAGGCAAGAGAAUCACAGGUUCAAGGCCAACUGCUUCAAGGGUAGCAAGACCAAAGGAGUCUCUGUCUCCAAAAUAGACAAACAAAAAUUACAAAAUAUCAGACUGGGGUGAUGAGGCCAUUUCUUCCUCCUUCCUUGUCUUUGCUCCUCUCAGAGCUUCCAGCAGUGCCAUGUUGGGCCAGAGUAACCAGAGGUUCACCACCUCUGUGGUCUGUCGCAGCCACUCUGAGGAGGGUCUGGGGAAGAAUUUGCCAUUGUCCAUGGGAAACAAGUGGUGGUUCCUGGCUAUGGUGAUUGUGAACCUUGGGUCCAUAUUUGCUGCUCCUUCCUUAUGGUAAGGUACCAGCUACUUAAAAAAUAAGGAUGUUUAGUCCAUCCCUUUAACAGCAUGAAGAGUGUUUAAGAGAUGUGAUCUGAAAACUGGAUUAAACUCUUGAACUCUUAUACUAGAUGCAAUUGUAAACAAACUAGUGAAAUAAAUACUUAAU